GAACCGCGAUUUCCUCCUUCACUCAGCAGCCAAAUCUGCUGACUUGUCUUGCCAAGUCAGCCUCAAGCAAGCCUACGAAGACGAGAGGGCAGAGCGAGAGUUGAUGAAGAUCUGUCUUGGACAGUGUGGCUGCUUGAUCCAAUUCACCCGAUGGUCGGCAGAUGCCGAGAUGGUCCACCUCUCCCUUCAGAACGAUGUCAGGGCCUUUCGCUUUGCCUCAGAGCGCAUCCGAGAUGAUUUUGCGACCGCUGUGGCCGUGGUAGCCCGCAAUGGCAUGCUACUCGAGUUUGCCUCCGCGAGAUUGCGAGCUGACCGAGCGCUGAUCCAGGCUGCUGUUUGCCAGAACGUCUUCGCCUUCCAAUUCGCGAGGCUAGAGUCGGCUGAUCUGCGAGCUUUUGCGGCCACAGAGGUCUUGAAGAAGCUGGGGGUGACAGGAGACAACGUAGCCCACGACGUUCGGCAGCAUGCCGCAGAGGCGUACAAGAUGUGCAGGACCUGCCCAUCCUUGUUGCAGGCGCUCCAAACGCUUCUCAGAGAAGCUGACACUUCGGAUGCUGGUUGGUUGAGAGAGUUCUGUCUCGAAGGCGUGAAGCAAGAGCCCUCCUUCUACAAGGCCCUCUCUGCGUCGGAGCAGUUGGACAUGGAGAUUGCCACGGCAGCUGUGCGGUUGGACCCAUGCCUCUUUCCGCACGACCUGCCCAAAGAAAUCAGGUCUUGCUUCAACAUCCAAGUCGCCGCAGUCGCGAAGAAUGUCAGUCUGAAGUAUUUUGUUUUGCCCUCCGACCGCGUCCUUGUCGAGAAGGCAGCCGCAGCUUGUGGGAAGGCUGGAUGA